AUGCGCACAGCGCGGAUGCCAUAUUGGAGGCGGCGGCGGCGGGAGUCGGAGCACCCGAGCGGGCGGGAGCGGCUCUGCGGACCCAGCCAGGCCGGCGACCCCUACGACGGUGCCCCCGGCCGGCCGUGGCCCAGCCGGGGGGAGGACAGGCCUCAGCAGGUGAGUCUUCCUGCUGGUGGACUGAGGAGCGGCCCCUUCCUCGGCAUGGACGUCAGUGCACCCACCAUGCAGGGCUCUUCAGCACCCCACGUGGACAAGCCCGGAGGCCCGGCCACUGGCAGUGAAGAGCCGGACUCAGAGGAAGGUUCAAGCAUGGAGGAGGUCGGCUUCAACUGGGGGGAGUAUCUUGAAGAAACAGGGGCCUGUGCAGCGCCCCCCACCUCCUUCAGACACGUGGAAAUCAGUAUCCAGAGCAACUUCCAGCCAGGCAUGAAGCUGGAAGUGCCCAGCAAGGGCAGCACGGACACCUACUGGGUGGCCACGGUCAUCACCACGUGCGGGCAGCUGCUGCUCCUGCGCUACUGCGGCUAUGGCGAGGACCGCAGCGCUGACUUCUGGAGCGACGUGCUCACGGCCGACUUGCACCCCGUGGGCUGGUGCACUCAGAACAGCAAGGCCCUGAAGCCCCCCGACGCCAUCAGAGAGAAGUAUGCAGACUGGACAGAGUUCCUCAUUCGGGACCUGACUGGCUCCCGGACGGCGCCCGCCAGCCUGCUGGAAGGUCCUCUGCGAGGGAAAGGCCCUCUAGACCUCAUUACAGUUGGUUCCUUAAUAGAACUUCAGGAUUCUCAGAACCCUUUUCAGUACUGGAUAGUUAGUGUGAUUGAAAAUGUUGGAGGAAGAUUACGCCUUCGCUAUGUGGGAUUGGAGGACACUGAAUCCUAUGACCAGUGGUUGUUUUACUUGGAUUACAGACUUCGACCAGUUGGUUGGUGUCAAGAGAAUAAAUACAGAAUGGACCCACCUUCAGAAAUCUGUCCUUUGAAGAUGGCCUCUGAGUGGAAAUGUGCUCUGGAAAAAUCCCUUAUUGACGCUGCCCAGUCCCCUCUUCCGAUGGAAGUGUUCAAGGACCAUGCCGAUUUGCCAAGCCAUUCCUUCACGGUUGGGAUGAAGCUGGAAACCGUGAACUCGAGGGAGCCCUUUCAGAUCUGUCCCGCGUCAGUGACCAAGGUCUUUAACAAUCACUUCUUCCAAGUGACCAUUGAUGACCUGCGGCCAGAGCCCAGUGCUCCCUCCAUGCUGUGCCACGCGGACUCCUCAGGGGUCUUACCCGCCCAGUGGUGCCUGAGGAACGGAGCCGACCUCACCCCUCCCAAAGGCUAUGCUGGCCGGGCUUUCAACUGGGCCGACUACCAUGAGCAGCAUGGCACGGAGGAGGCACCAGCCUUCUGCUUCAGAAACACUGCGUUCAGCCGAGGCUUCACAAAGAACAUGAAACUUGAAGCCGUGAACCCCCGGAACCCCCGGGAGCUGUGCGUGGCCUCGGUGGUGGGCGUGAAGGGGAGGCUGCUGUGGCUUCACCUGGAAGGUCUCCAGACACCCGUGCCCGAGUUCAUCGUGGACGUGGAGUCCAUGGACAUCUUCCCGGUGGGCUGGUGCGAGGCCAACGCUUACCCUCUGACCACACCCCUCAAGACGGCGACACAGAAGCAAAGGAAGAUUGCGGUGGUGCAACCAGAGAAACACUCUCCCUCCUCAGUGCCUGUGGAGAGGAUACCGCACAGAGAACUCUGUGUACUGCCUCACCUGGACGCCACAGGCCCCGCCAAUGGCAAGUACUGCUGCCCGCAGCUCUUCAUCAACCACCGCUGCUUCUCGGGCCCCUACCUCAACAAGGGCCGCCUCGCCGAGCUGCCGCGCUCCGUGGGGCCUGGCAAGUGCGUGCUGGUCCUCAAGGAGGUCCUUGGCAUGAUCAUCAACGCGGCCUACAAGCCCGGCCAGGUGCUCCGUGAGCUGCAACUGGUCGAGGACCCGCACUGGGAUUUCCAGGAGGAGACGCUGAAGGCUAAGUACAGAGGUAAAACCUACCGGGCUGUGGCCAAGAUCGUCCGCACGGCUGCGCAGGUGGCAGCCUUCUGCCGGCGCGUGUGUGCCCGGCUGGAGUGCUGCCCGAACCUCUUCAGCCCCAUGCAGGUGGCCGAGCACUGCCCCGAGAACUGCUCCACGUACACCAAGACCAAGUACACCUACUGCUACGGGAAGAGAAGGAAAGUCAGCAGGCCCCCGGUGGGCGAGCGCAGCAUGGACAGCGGCCCCCCCAGGCCGGCGCGGCGGCGGAAACGGCGCAGGUCUCUUCUGGCGCAGAGGCAGCAGCAACCGUCCCCCAUAGGGGCAGCGGCCGCCUCUGGGGAGGAGAGUGAGGACAAUGUGGCAGAGGCCCCGGACGAGGAGAGCAUGGGCGAGGGCAGUGGCUCAGAGCCCCACGAUGACCAGACGGACAUGUCCAACGAGCUGCUGGCUGCCCGAGCCCCCGGGGCCACAGCCUUGAGGAGCAGCUCGAAGCCCCCAUGCCAGCUGCCCCCUGAGAGGACACAUCGGGGCCGCAGGUCCCCAGGAGACCGAAGUGCGGGCCUAGGGAAAGUGGCCAUGCCCAUCCCUCCGCAGGACGCCCCACCCGCAGAGGAGGAGGAGGAGAGACUCGUCCUGGACAGCAACCCACUGGAGUGGACGGUCACCGACGUGGUGCGCUUCAUCAAGCUCACGGACUGCGCACCACUGGCCAAGAUCUUCCAGGAGCAGGACAUCGACGGGCAGGCACUGCUGCUGCUGACGCUGCCCACAGUGCAGGAGUGCCUGGAGCUGAAGCUGGGCCCCGCCAUCAAGCUGUGCCACCAGAUCGAGCGAGUGAAGCUGGCCUUCUACGCCCAGUAUGCCAACUGACCUCCU